AUGAAUCACCUUAUCUUAUCCGCCCAACCGUCAGCGUCGUUAGGGUAUGCUCUUGACACUGAAGGCUACCUGAAUUCUCUCAACGACAAUCACCCAUACGUGAGAUACGACAUCGUCCCAUUGCGUAAUCUAUGGGGUGCCGACGGUUCGGUCGUUGUUCAAGCAACCAUCCGCGACCAGUCCAGCCCAUUCAUUGAGUGCCGUCGUGGCCCAUUCUUACCAGCCUCACUGGUUCUCUACCAUAUUCCUCUCCCUGCUUCAAAUCCUGUAAGCUCCGUGGAUCCUCAGCCAACACCAAUGAGCAUCCACCAAGCAGCAUUAUUGUUGUUCUCCAACCCCUCUUCCGCUUUGCCCGAGAGACCUGCUUCAUCCAGAUGUGGACCACUAGCUCGAUUUAUCCCAUUUCGUCGUUGCUCGUUGGUGUCUCUGUCCCAAGGGUCGUUGUAUGAUCUUCGAACGCAGACCGAUAUUCAUAUCCCCAGGUCGCUCCAUUGUGAUUCGGAAAGGUCGAUCCUGCUCACUUCUCAGUGGGGGAGCCUUCGGCCACUUUCACUUAUCUUCGGCGAAAUCUUUGACCAAAUUACACUGAGUCGCGUCAGAACGGCAGAUCGAUCUGCGGCCCGGGCUAUUUUCGCGACCCGUCGAGUUGUCAGCUCUUUUUUCAGGUUGCUGGGUGAGAGACUGGGCAGUUUCCUCGCUAAAAUGCAUGAUCCUCAUAUCAUAAAACAACUGCAACUGUCCACCAAUGCUCCAUCGCCCAGGACAUUUGCCUCUGCAGAAGCCGGGAGACAAAGACUCCGUGGGGAGAUUGCGAAAUGGCGAAACUACGUCCAGCACAUGGCCCUUUUCGUCGACUCUCCGGACCUGUUGGACUCUUUCUGCAGGACUCUCAAUGACGAUGCUGACCGGCAAUACUUUCCAGACUAUUAG